GCGACCAAGGCGCCAACCGUCGUAGCAUCAGUAUGUUGGAACAUAGUUGGGUAGACCCCUCAUUCUGAGAUGGAGCAAUCACUUGGCCACGUGCUUGGAAGUGCAUUAAUAUCCUAUAAGAUCUGAAGCCAUGUUUUGGUUGCUUUUUCUCUUAUGCUCCGUGGGCGCAAGCCAGUGGGAAUCCGUCAGCUUUGAUCUCGCCAAGUUCCAGUCGUUGCUGACCUCCAAGGCUUUGUGUCCCAACCACGAUGGAUUUGGCCAAACGUGAGCUGCGGGAGACGGGGCCGCAUGGCACCGUAAUCUUGGCGGAGGAAAUGACCUCUGGACGUGGGAGAUCUGGUGCGAAGUGGGUCUCUCCAGAUGAGGGAAAUCUUUACUUGACUCUUCUUCUCCGUGCUGCAGGGUCAGGGUCAUUGAAUCAGGAUAGGCGUGUACAAGUGAACUUGGCAACUCCCUUGGCAGUGGCGGGAGGUAUUGCAGAGCUUGUCCCCAAUUUGCAGCCGAAGCUCCGCUGGCCUUUGACGGUGGAAGUGGGUGGCCGCAAAGUUUCUGGGGCACUCAUUGAGAUACACAAUCAGGAUGGCUUGGAACACUUUGCCGUAGGGGUUGGAAUUAAUGUCAAUGCAGAUUUUUGCAACAACCAGUCUUUCUCUCAGGCUGUCACAAGUUUGCGCUGCGCAGCACAGACUGUCAUGGAUCGGGAGCUUCUUUUGGCGAAGAUUUGCGACAAUUUGGAAGAACAUAUAUCCACGCCUUCUGUACAUGAGUUGAAGCAGAGGUAUUUGGCCUGGCCUUCAGAUACUUCUAUCGGCAGUGCGGUGUCCCUCCUCAACAAAACAAGUAAGGAUUUGAUCCUGGAUGGGGUGGUCACUGGCUUGACCAACUCUUUGGCCUUGGUGGUCCAAGCCUCCAAUGGAAGCAACAUUGAGGUCUUGGGUACUGGAUCGAUCACGGUCUUUCCGCAGGGGCAUCUUUACAAGACCGAGUUGUAACGGUCUGUAAAGAGUGGUGGCCAGAGAGAAACAGGCCAGCGAACCGAGUGCGGAUGGACAUGGAUCGGUGGAAGCGCAGCAGACGUUGCAUGCUUUGCUUUUCAAGAAUUGAAGGAGCAGAAGGGGGGAGUAAU